UGUGAGUUAUUGUUGACAGUAAUUUGAAAUUGCCAGUUUGAUCCAUUGGCGAAAAGAAAGAUAUUCAUCAGCUCUCUGCUUCUUCGAUAAUUGCUAAUAAUGGUGUCGGUGGCUGGGAUUUUCACUUUGUCAUUAUUAAACCAUUAGUUGUGCUAAAUUGGCAGUGUUUUGUGUGUGUGUGUUAUUUUGGCAAAGCUUGGGUUUCGAAUCACUGCGUGUUUUUUUUUUCUGGUGUCUCUGCAAUAAUUGAUUUUUGAGAACUUCUGUGAUUAGCGGCAAGUGAACGAGUUAGUUUCGAAUUUAUUGGCCACUCGUUAUUUAUAACUUGCGUUCGACAGUUCUUCUACAACAACAUUGUAUUAUUUUUUGAUUUGGCCAAAAGUUCCUGAAAUACAGACAACUUCUCUUCUUUUUUUGCUUUCAACGAUUUGUGGCCCAGGCUUGGAAGUACCCGAACGAACGAAACAAAAAUUGAGACCAUCUUUGAAAGUUGCCCAGCACCAGCAUCAGCAACAUGUUUAACGCCUUCGAAACAAAGUUUGGCUAUAAUAAAUUACUGUUAUUAGUUGUGUUAUUAGACUUUUCACCUUUAAGCCAAGCGUUGAAAUCGUCCAAAGCACUAUCGUCCGCCACAGAUAAUCUCAUAGGAAAGCGUGAUUUUGAUUUAAUUUUUGAAAGUUUCAUUUGUACCACAAACGAAGACGACGACAAUGUUGCUGCCACCGCCAAAACCCCGGCACCACCAUCAUCGCCAAAACGUGCCAAGCUACUGAAGAAACUCGCCUGUCACUUGAGCCGUAAUGUUAAGCGACGUUAUUUGCAAAUGGAAAUGUCAUUUGAACGUCAAAUAAAUCAAUUUGAUUUCGAUAUUUCCAUUACCAUGCAACGGCCGCCGCAUGCCCCAGAACCCGAAUUUGUCCUCCUGAAUUUCACCGCCCUCAAUGGCUGUGAGUUUUUGGCCAACCGAAAUCAAGUGGUCUUAAUGAAUUUGGUACGCAAAUCAUUGGAGCGUUAUAGCAACAUACCCAGCCAUUGUCCUUUUUCGCCACAAAUUUCGUACUAUAUUCGAAACUAUCGCUGGGAUAUGGAGCAGAUGCCAGCCUUUUAUGUUGAGGCUCCGGUGCGUGUGGAUUUCGCCUAUACUUUUGAGAAGACGACACGUGUCCGGGGUACCAUUGAAGCUAAAUUGGAAUUGAGAUCGAAUAAGAAAUUUGCAGCAGUACAAUAGGGUGAAGCGAGGAACGAGAGAACGAACUCUACGGCAAUUAAUACCAAAGUAAAGAAGAAUUUUCAAUGUUAAAAA